GUGGCUUUGUGAGUUCGGUGAAAGGAAAUGGUUUCGGUUUUGGAUACAAUGCCCAGAUGGGUUCCGGGAUCCCUUACAGGAGUACUGUGGUAAUGCCGGAGAGUUUUUUGCCGUUGAAUCGAUCUCUAUUUUGUGAGUCUGUCCAGGGGAAAUGUCAGUCAAUACUGAGAGUGGGCUUUUGUAUAAUCUCCCGCCGGAGGUUUCGAGAAAGCGAAGUAGAGAGGAGCAGUUUAUUGCCUCCGCUGAAGAUGUGGCGCCGCUCUUGCAGCAAUAUCAAUUUGAAAUUGAUUGGAUUGUUUAUGAGGAAAUUGAGAAUGAAAUUGGAAGAGAGGCAGAAGCAAGAAGCCAGAAUUUUGGUGGCCGCCAUUGGAGAAGAUGUUAUGAAGAAAGUGAGGGAGAAAGACGAACAGAUUCAGGGAAAGCUGAAUUCGGAGACCAAGCUACGGUGAUCCCUUCUUUUGUUGUCAAAAGGAAUGGAAGAACGGAUUCCCUUUCGGUUUGCCUGAAUGCGCAUGGCAGAAGUGGCGACACAAGCAAAACACUGCUCCAACUCAAUUCUAUACAGCUAGGCUGUCAAUUAAUACAAAACUAGAUGGGAUCCCUUCCAGACAAUAGCAAUGUCUUAAGACCUAUUGGGAAGUCAGCAAGAUCAAAUGCAUCAGAA